AGUGGAGAAGGGUGUACAAUGUCGGUGUCAGCAGAAGUGUGUGGUUUUGUUUAGUUUUGAUUUUUUGUGUUACUUAUGGUGUUUAUGUGACUUACUAUUAAUUCAUAAUCAAUCAUGCCUCAACCAACCGAUCUUUCUACAUCGCAGCAUUGCAUUGCUAGAGCUCUGUAUGAUAAUAUCCCUGAUACCCCAGAUGAACUAGAGUUUAGAAAAGGAGACAACCUAAUUGUACUAGAGCAAAAUACUAGGAACAUCGAGGGUUGGUGGUUAUGCUCCUUAAGAGGCAGACAGGGUAUCUGCCCGGCCAACAGAUUGAGGUUAAUUCCUGGAUUAUUUGAGGACACUGGACAGUCACGGGUCUCGUCGCCUCAAUUUAUAGAGAAUGAUGUUAUCUUGCAGAAACAAGGAAUUAGGAGGAGUUGGCAUUUUCAACCCAAUCAGGUUGUCACUCCAAAAAAAUUCAACGAUGUCUACUUAUACGACAUGCCCCCUAGAAGUUGUCCUCUUCCAGUUGCGUCUCUCAGUCCAGGGCUAAGCCUUAAGGACGAGGGUAGCGACUAUGAUGUUCCACCGCGUGCAAUUCCAGUAGGCAACGAAAACUUCCGCAACUGUCCUCGAUGUUCACCUGCCCCUUCGUGUGUGUCACCAGUUAGCCGUGAGUCUGGUGAAGCAUACGACAUUCCUCGACCUCUCCACAACCCCCUCACUCCAUCCAGUUCGGCCAGUUCCCUGACGGCAGACUCCUUAAGCUCCUCUAAUAGAAGCAGCCUAAUUAACAUGCCGGAUUACGACGUUCCAAAAUCAUACAACAAAACCGCCUCCAUGGCAUUACACAACCAAAAUCAACUUUAUGAUAUUCCACCAUCAUCGCAUCAGCCAAAGGAGUUGCCAUUAGAACUAAAUUCUGCACUUGAAACAUUGGAGAGAUUACAGACUGAUACUACCAGCGCGAUUUCCAAACUACUCGGCUUCGUUGGUCCUCAAUGGAGGUCCCCCGAAAAACUCCAGUACAGUCUUAUGGAAAUUAAGCUAGCUGUGACCCGGCUGAGCACGUCACUACAAGAUCUUGCGGAAUUCGGUGAAGGCACACUAGGCAAUGCAUCAAGAGCGUCUGACAAAAACCUUGCAGGCAAGUUAUCACCGUUAGUGUUAUCGCUCAAAAACUCCCACGCCUUAGUUCAGGAGGCUUUCCAAAAAUUAAAUAGACAAAAUUGGUCACUAGACUUGCUUUCACGAAACGAUAAUGAUGAUAAAAAUUACAAGCCUGAUGAACUAGAGCAGUUGGUAGCAUGUUCCAGAGCGUUAACAGAAGAUAUUAUGCAGAUUGCAUCAUUCAUACAAGGAAAUGGACUAUUACUUUUCAAAAGAGACCCCAACAGUAUCGAUUGGACAGAAGAACACGAUUAUGUCAGUUUAGAAUCCAAAGAUAACAUAAACAAAAACAGAUUAGAAAUUUUAAACGCACUUCCCAAUAAUUUAAAAAUAGGUUUUGAUAAUUGUAUAAAAAGUGCUGACAAUGUCUCUUUCGAUGAUCACAAGUCUGUGGGUUUAGAUCCUAGCGAUAAACAAAUUUUAGAAUUUUUUUCGGCUCAACUGGUGACUCAUCAUAAUAAUUUAACGCAGGCUAUAGACGCCUUUUUAGAAAGUGUAGAACAUAAUCAACCCCCAAAAGUUUUUAUAGCUCACGGCAAAUUCGUAGUUUUAAGUGCUCAUAAAUUAGUUCAUAUUGGUGAUACUGUUCAUAGAAAUGUUUCUUGCAAAGAAAUUAAAGAUAGAUCAUUAGGUUGCGCUAAUUCCUUGGCGGAUGCUCUUGCCACUAGUGUAAAUAAAACAAAACAAGCAGCCUUGCAAUUUCCCUCAGUGACAGCAGUCCAAGAAAUGGUUGAUUCCAUAGUCGAUAUCUCCCAUUUGGCCAGAGACCUUAAAGUUUGCUUAGUACAGGCUGCAAUCCCUCUGUAAAUGUUUGACUGAUUUUUCAUGGAUUAUUUUUUAAUAUAUGUAUGUAACUAAUGAACCCGACAAAUUUGUCCCUUUUAAUGAUGUAUAUAAAACAAUAGAGUGUACAUAUUUAUUAUUUCUUACAUUAUUUAAAAUUGCCAUACUUAAUAGGAAAUUUCAGCA